AAAGCACAUCAAGAAGCUCUCUGCGCUCUUUGCGUCUGCUCGGGCGAAGUGUGCGCGGAUAGUUACGAGUCAUUCACAGUGACGCAACCGGACAGCCUCAAGAUCGCAAGACGCUCAUUGACCAAAGAUCGGUGAUUGUCAUCGGCACAUAGCUGUCUCGUCUCGUCCAAUCGCCUCACCAUACCACGAGAGGCAUCCCGCAAGAAUCAUCGUGCCGCGAUUCACAUUCGCAGUCCGCCUGCUCGAUUGUUCCUGCUACGCUUCCUGGCAGCACGAGCAAGAGGUAUGCGGGUAGCAUCGCUCCUGCAAGAACCGGGCCAAGGCUCACAAAAGGGCCACCGCCCUUUUGAUUGGGAUCCCAGUAUCUGCAAUCCGCAAUCACGAGCACCUGAUUUAGCGACUUCGAAAGGCUGUCGCAACGAUAACACCGUCAUCACAUCUGGCCGCUAUCCAUCUUCUACCAAAGAGGAGUACAAGAGUCCGUUGUUUCAUUGCUUACAGCGCGGCAACGCUGGAGCUCAGCCACGCCGAACGUUUCGUAGCCCGCCUCGCGAUACAGCACGCGAUUCGCAGCCCGCUUUGCGUCGCAACCAGGCGUGCGAGUUGGCGCGCGAGAUGAAUCAGACCACCAACCAAUCGCGCACAAGCUUUGGCGCAGCACGAUUGAUGCCAAAGGUGUCUCAAAGCCGAUCGUCAAGCUCACUUUCCGCGUCCUCGAGCGGAGGCAGUCACGGCGAUGGGGACGGAGAAUAUCCCAUCCGCCUUGCCCAAACCGUCAAUGGGCGGCGCAUCUCACUUUUGCGCCUCGCCAAGCGUAUCUGGCUCGUGACAUUGCUGAAGGCCGUUCGCUACAUCAAGCGUGCGAGAGCCGCUCGGCGCCUCAAACGAAUUUGCCGGUCUGCGGGAUCGCCGCCGGAUCCAGAACACUCAGAGAGAGAUACCAAAGCGUUGGUCAGAAUGAGCAACAGAAAUAGUCGGAUCUCAGCCUCACGCAGCACUUCGACCUCGCCUGUCCUUGAGGGACAUUGUUCUGAUUGGACUAUCCCGGGGAAAGGAGUCACUUCGAAGCACACCACCCGUACAGUGCUACCUCCUUUACCAAUUUUACAUCAGCGUAGCUCUUUACCUACGGUGACCAGUGCGGUUUCAGGCUCAAGCAUCUCGAAAGGCGAUCGUCGCACCCUAUUCCGAGUGCGUUGGCAAGACGAUGUGUCUGCUUCGAAAGACAAUCGAGCCAUCUGUUCCGAAGUGCCAAUUCGACCCUGGCAUAGCAAUUUUCGGCCAUCGGUGGGAGCUCCAAACCGACCGCGCAGUGCUCGCAACUCGCCAUGGGUAUCGGAUCUUCAAAUGUGGGGCGGUCUUGAGGACUUUGAACCCAACGAACAUUUACGCUUCCAUACGGUCGUGAGCGAGAAGCCCGCACACCUUGACAGGCGCAGCAACGAUGUUGUCACAAGCUUUGCCGAUUCCAUCGGCUCGACGACGAAUACAGCGGCGGUCAUUAGCAACACUGGUGAUGACCCAGGUCGUUUUCGCUCCGACAUUUGUCAUUCCACUGGCUUCCGUUCCCCUGUCGCGCACCUCACUUUGGAUCCCAGAGCUUUUGACAUCUUCUCUGAAGAUAGUGUCGCAAUCUGGGCCUGAUAGUCCCCGCCGCCUUUCGCUUUGUAUCACGCUUCUCACUUCUCUCCAGGUUGCGACGCCUUUCAAUCCAAUGAAAGGACCUCGUCGGUCGGGCCUCAAGUCACGCUGCGUGCGACGGUAUGUUGGGUAGACGUGCCUCGGCCUGAAAGGCUCUCUAGCGUCAUGCUUCCCCACAAAUCCGUUGCUAAGGAAAGUUGCUAGAUACACGAGCCCAGGUGUCGCUCAGUCUCCGGACUGCUCAGUCCGAAGUGCGUCGAUGCGUCUCUGUAUGCAGCAGAGCCGGCUGCGGAGCCGCGAUCCUUUGUUGCA